AUGAGCACCAAAUCAUUUCGUUCAUGUUUUAUUUUAUUAUUCAAUUUAAUUAUUUUUAAUAAUUAUAUAAAUGCUGAUCAACAUAAAAUUAUUCUUAAUAGUUUAUUUACACAAUCAUCUUAUCCAUCAAUUAAUUUUGCUCUCAAACAAAUUAGAUCAUUACAGAUGGAUAUUGUAUUUGAACUUAAUACAACAGAAGAUAUUAUUAUUCCUUGUGAUGUUGGUACAACUGUAAAAAUACUUUUUAAUAUAAUUAAUCGAACAAAUUUAUUGAAUGUUUUAAUAAGUGAUGCUUGUCAAAGUGUACUUAGUUAUAUAGCUGAAGCAGCAACUUAUUUCCAUAUACCAUUUUCAUUUACUGAAAGUGAUUUAUCUUUAUCAUCUAUUGAUUGUUAUCCAUUUUUUUAUCAUAUUGUGCCAUCAGAUCGUGGUCAUAAUUUAGUACGUAAACAACUUUUACAAUAUUUUAAUUGGACACGAUUUGGUUUAAUUUAUCAACAUGGAUCAAAAUAUACAUGGGUAGCUAAUGAUUUAUCCAAUUUAACUGCUAUUGAUAAAAAACAAUGGGAAGUUAAUUUAACACGAGGUAUAGCUUAUCGUCAUGAAUUAGAAUGGCAUGAUGAUAAUGCAAAAAAUAUGAAAGGAUUACUCAAUGAUUUUGAAACAAGAGAUGUUCGAAUCAUUAUUGCAAAUUUUAAUCAAACAAUUGCAACUCAUAUGUUUUGUCAUGAACAACCAAGUUAUGUAUUAGAUUAUUUAGAACAAUUUUCUAAAUUCGAAAGAAAUUAUUUUGAUGCUUACGCAUAUGAUACAAUAUGGAGUUUAGCAUAUCUUUAUCAAUCGAAAUUUUUAUCUAAUGAAACAAAUCUUAAAACUCUUGUAGAUAAUUAA